AUGGUUCUGUGGUUGCUGUGGUUGCUGCCCACAGAGCAUGUUCCUCUGUAUUCUGUAUCACAAUCGUGCGUGAAUAAUGGAGUGUUUGGAAGGUGCCAGGAGGUUCCAGCGGUAGCCGUAGACCGCCAUGAAGUGUCGCCGCUGGUUCUGCAGCACCUGACCGCCACCUUGCAGAAGCUCUCCCGUACAGGCUUCACGUGGCAGGACGACUACACCCAGCACGUGAUGGCCCAGGAACUCUCAACCCUUCCCCACACCUACCCGCAGCAUCUGGAAGCUUCCGACACAGCCAGGAGCUCAAAGCUGAGUGUGGAUAAGGAAAGGAGGUAUAGUCUGGAGGAUGACAGCGCUCUGGCCGAGGCUGUUCAGCGCUACCUGCCCUACCUGGAGGCCCUGUCGUGGGCUGCUUCGAACCCGCUGGCAUCGUGGGGCCACCUCAUUAGGAAGCCUGUGGACAACCCCACUGCUGUGUACUUCGUCACCAGCCGCAAGCACAUCCUGAUCAAUGUGCUUGUCAGUGCUGCCUUCAGGCUGUGGGACAAACGGGAGAAGAUGUUCUGUGAACGUAGUCCAGAGCUUGGCACACCGCUAGUGUUCGUGAUGCCGCUGGGGGAGGUGACGGUGGCGAUCGUGGCCCAGGUGGCCAUCUGGAUGGGGAUGCUGCUGCUGAUGCCCCUACAGGGUCAGGACCCCCGCGCUGACGGCGUGCUGACCUUCAUGGCACAGACGUCCGCUUUGACCUACGCUCCCGGGCCCCGGGCCGAUCACCCCGGGGGCCGCCCUUUGCGGACACGCAGCCGGCUGCGGCCUGACGAGCUGAGCCCCAAGGUGGACGGCGGUGCCAACAGGCAGAGCCUGGUAACUUCGCUGGGCACCUCUGCAGCUCGGAAGCCCCCAGCGCCCCACGGGGAGGGCGACCCAGGGCCUCAAAACCCGCUGCGUACGCCCUGGAGAACAGCAAGGGUCCUCUCAGCCCCAGCGGCCCUCCGGAAAUGGCCUUCAUCACCAGGAGACCCCGAGGACCCCCCGGCCUUCAGUGAUGAAGCACUUAUCCGGAGUCUCCUGAAGGACCUGGGAAAGCAGCCUGUGGAGGGUCUGAGCCCCCUGGGCCUCGGCGAGAUGGCCCACGUGAUUGCUACCUCCGUGCGGGGUGUGGAUGCAGAAGGGGAGCUUCAAGGAGCCGAGAAAGGAGCCGCAGGAAAGCCACGAGAGGCCAAUCCUGGCAAGCAGGGCGGAGACGGCACGGCAGAUGACUGGGGACCGGACGGUGAAGGUGGCGUUUACAAGGAGGUCAGUCGUUUGAGCCUCCAACUCGGGGACCACCUGCAGGAUCCUGGGUCCCGACUCUUUCCUGCCACCCCCCUUCUUAUGGAGCCCUUCAAAACGGAGAUGAAGAAAUCAGAGACGCCCAGGAUGCCCCCAGCUUGGGAGGAGGAGAGCGCUGGGGUGGAGGACGUGAGGAGUCAGACCUACUCCAAGGAACGGCUGGAGGGGCUACCUCCCUCAGAGCCCAGGGCGGGCGGCUUUGGCGAGUUCCAGACCUGGGUUCCAGGGCCCUCGCAGGAAGAUGCCCGCCUUGGAGCCGGAGCCCAGGGGCGCCCCAGUGAAGGCCUGCGGCUGGAGGUCAGGCCUUCCCAGGAGGAGGAAGGCUACAUUGUGACCGGAGAUGACCCCCUGAGCCCAGAGAAGGGGAAGGAGCUGAUGGAGAGCAUCGCGCGGCUCCUGGAGGUGCCGAUGAGUGUCUUCCCAGACAUCGCUGUCCUGGGACCAGCCGUGACCUUCAGAGUGAGCGCCAGCGUCCAGAACCUGACGACGGCGGACGUGGUGCAGGCUACAGUUGACAACAAGGACAAACUGGAAAAGGCGUCUGGACUGAAAAUUCUUCACGCUGGAAGUGGGUCGAAAAGCAAACUCAAGCUUCUGCCACACGGAGCAGAGCAAGAGGACUCGACCCCGUUCAUCGUGCUGACCCUGGUCUCUGUCGUGGCCAUGGUUGGGGUCCUCCUGGCCUCUGGUGUCAUCUACUGUUUGCGCCACACCUCCCACUCCCGGCUGCAGGAGAAGCUCUCGGACCUGGGGGAGCACCCCGGCCCGGAUGCCACCAACGCCUACCAGGAGCUGUGCCGGCAACGCAUGGCCGUGCGCACGUCCGAGCGCCCCGAGGCCCCGCACGCGUCCCGCAUCAACAGCGUGUCGUCCCAGUUCAGCGACGGGCCACUGCCCAGCCCAUCCGCACGGAGCAGCACGUCGUCCUGGUCCGAGGAGCCCGUGCAGUCCAAUAUGGACAUCUCCACCGGCCACAUGGUCCUGGCCUACAUGGAGGACCACUUGAAGAACAAGAACCGUCUGGAGAAGGAGUGGGAGGCACUGUGUGUCUACCAGGCCGAGCCCAACAGCUCGCUUGUGGCCCAGAGGGAGGAGAACGUGCUGAAGAACCGGUCUCCGGCGGUGCUGACCUACGAUCACUCCAGGAUCCUGCUGAAAUCCGAGAACAGUCACAGCAACUCGGACUACAUCAACGCCAGCCCCAUCGUGAGUACCUCCUGCCGGGGCCCCCACCCAUCCUCGUCCACAAGCCUGCGUGGUCUCAGCCGGGCGAUUGGUCUCGACCGGCUGGCUAGCCAACGAGAGAAUCCCCUGCAGCCCACGGCUGGCAUGAACCCCAUGGGCGAGCGGGCAGGAGUGGGAGUCAGAGCGCCGGAGGGUGACGAGUCAGAGAUGGUGUGGGAGCGUGGCUGCGUGGUCAUCGUCAUGCUGACGCCCCUCUCGGAGAACGGCAUCCGACAGUGUUACCACUACUGGCCCGACGAAGGCUCCAACCUCUACCACGUCUACGAGGUAAACCUAGUCUCCGAGCACAUCUGGUGUGAGGAUUUCCUCGUGAGGAGCUUCUAUCUGAAGAACCUUCAAACCAACGAGACGCGCACGGUGACUCAGUUCCACUUCCUGAGCUGGUAUGACCAGGGAGUGCCUUCCUCCGCGAGGUCCCUCCUGGAUUUCCGCAGAAAAGUAAACAAGUGCUACAGGGGCCGUUCUUGUCCAAUAAUUGUUCACUGCAGCGACGGCGCGGGCAGGAGCGGCACCUACGUCCUGAUCGACAUGGUUCUCAACAAGAUGGCCAAAGGCGCUAAGGAGAUCGACAUCGCCGCGACCCUGGAGCACUUGAGGGACCAGAGACCGGGCAUGGUCCAGACAAAGGAGCAGUUCGAGUUUGCGCUGACGGCCGUGGCGGAGGAGGUGAACGCCAUCCUCAGGGCCCUCCCGCAGUGA